AUGGGAGAAGUAGAAAGAAAAAAGAUGAAAAUAUUGUGCCUGCAUGGAUUCAGAACCAGUGGAAGCUUUCUCAAAAAGCAAAUCAGCAAAUGGGAUUCUUCUAUUUUUGCUCAUUUUGAUAUGGAUUUUCCAGAUGGGAUUUAUCCAGCCGGAGGGAAAUCUGAUAUCGAGGGCAUAUUUCCGGGCCCAUAUUUUGAGUGGUUCCAGUUCAACGAGGACUUUACGGAGUACACAAACUUGGAAGAAUGCAUAAAUUACUUGUGUGAGUACAUUACCAGCAAAGGUCCAUUUGAUGGUCUGCUCGGCUUCUCUCAAGGAGCAACCCUAGCAGCCCUUCUCCUUGGGUAUCAAGCACAGGGAAAGAUAUUGAUGGACCAACCAAAGAUGAAACUGUAUGUAUCCAUAUCAGGUUCAAAGUUUAGGGAGCCAAGCAUAUGCGAGGUUGCAUACAAAGAGCCCAUAAAGGUUAAAUCAAUUCAUUUCAUUGGAGAAAAAGACUGGUUAAAACUGCCAUCUGAGGAGCUAGCCACUGCCUUUGAGAACCCUCUCAUAAUAAGUCACCCUCAGGGCCAUACUGUGCCAAGACUAGAUGAAGAUGCUGUUCAGAAACUGAAAAAUUGGACUGAGGAAAUAUUUCUUGAUCUCUUUCAAAGCAAAAGCACGCCACUUCAGAGUUCAGAGGAUGCUGAACUUGGAAAAACAAAGAAUGAAGAAGAAUCAAAAACUGCUACUCCAUCUCAAAGUGUUACCAUCAAUGGCCAAAACGUCGUGGCCAUCAAUGGUCAAUCAUGCUUCUCGGCCACUGCAAGCAGCCCCGAGCAAGACCUUGUCCAAUAUUGA